AUGGCGGGCGACAACGGCGGCACCAGCCAGGCCGCCGCCAAGGACACGCGAUCCGACAGCGAGACGAACGGGAACGCAAAGUCCAAGGACAGCACCCCCACGGCCACCAAUGCCGCCUCGGCCAGUGCCACCGAUGCCAAUAAGAGCCCCAGGAAGCGGCGCAAGGUCAAUCACGGUAUGCUGUGCUUCGAUGCUAAACUCCUAUCCCCCUUGAUUCAACAGGAGAAAGAUCGUAUCAACGAGCCAUGGCUAAUUUUGGACCGUGUUCCUACAGCUUGUGUCUACUGCCGUCGAUCUCGGAACAUCGCUCACCUGUGUCAUGACGAGCCCCGAGAUGCGGACUCGAAGAAGCCCAAGAAUUCUCAUGGUACGGCCGCGCAUGACGAAUCAGAGGUCCAGACAGAAAUGCCGCGCAACAACUCGAUAGACCAGAACGAUGCUUCUGCGGCGAUGGGCCCGCCCUCCUUCAACGGCGCCGGCGCUUCCCAGGGCACCAAGCCAGGCUUUGGCGCAGGUGCGCUGGGCCGGGGGAAUCCCCUACAGCUUGUGUCACCGGGUCCGGUCUCUGGGAUGCAGGCCAAUGCCUCUAGCAGCAAUAUGAACCAAUUCGCCGGGUUUUCUGAUGCCUGGUUGACCGCCCAGAACCAAUUCCACGAUAUGCACAGCUAUAAUCCCCAGUACAUGCUCGCCCCUGAGGUCACUCAUGAGUUCAACCUACUCAACGACUUCCUCAACACGAGUCUCCUCGAUGACACCGGGGCGCUUCCGGACGAUCAAAAUCUCUUCAGAAACAGCCAGUCUGACAUGGCGGGCUUUUCGGGCAGCAAUGCCAACCUCCUCCCGCCCAGCGCCGCGCAAGGGGGUUCGAUGCUUCCGCCAAACAUAGAGCAGGCCAACUCCAUAUCGCGGCCGGCGAGUGUCAUUCCGACGGACAAGACGCGCGAGUUCUAUCUCCAAGCAGCAGACCCGUCAGGCAACGACACUCCGGAAGAGCGCAUGCAGCGAGUUUUGAAGGCCAAAUACGAUGCCGGCCUCUUGAAGCCGUUCAACUACAUCAAGGGGUACGCGAGGCUCGGCAAGUACAUGGACAGCCACAUUGCCGCUGCCUCGAAGCAGAAGAUACUGCGCCAGAUUGAUCGGUUCCGGCCCAAGUUCCGCGAGAAGAUCCACAACCUGACCGACAUGGAGCUCAUCUACGUCGAGAUGUGGUUCGAGCGCACACUGCUGGAAUACGACAGAGUGUUUGCCGCGAUGGCCGUGCCCGCUUGCUGUUGGAGGCGAACGGGCGAGAUCUUCCGAGGCAACAAGGAGAUGGCAGAACUGAUCCACGUGCCCGUCGAACGAUUACGAGAUGGCAAGAUAUCUCUGCACGAGAUCCUGACGGAAGAGUCCCUAGUACGCUACUGGGAAGAGUUUGGAACGAUUGCAUUCGACCCUGCACAUGAUACCCUCUUGACGGCGUGCGCGCUCAAGAACCCGGACGAUCAGUCGCACGACCCGAUCGUCAACUGUUGCUUUUCCUUCCAUAUCCGGAGAGAUGACCACAAGAUACCCAGUCUCAUCGUGGGGAAUUUCCUCCCGCACGACCCUGCGCACUAA